ACAAUAAUGAGAGAGUUGGGAGAGAGAAGCAAGUAAGCAAAACGGAAGUGGUUGAUCGGCUCACCUACAUCAAUUUAUUAUUUAUGGCUCCCAUCUGAUUUUCUCUCUACUUAUUAAUUCUUGUUCAAAUCCCCAAUCUCUCUCUCUCUCUCUCUCUCCAACUCUGAAACUCACUCAGAUCAGGUCUCUCUAAUGGCGAGUUUUCUAUCACUUGUAAGACGUACCUACCUCACCAUCUACAAUUGGACCGUCUUCGUCGGCUGGUUCCAAGUGCUUUAUCUUGCUUUGAAAACUCUCGUGGAAUCGGGCCAUGAACAUGUCUACCACGCUGUUGAAAAGCCUCUUCUCCUCGCUCAAUCCGCCGCCGUUUUGGAGAUACUUCAUGGUCUAGUAGGUUUGGUAAGAUCUCCAGUCACAGCGACACUGCCACAAAUAAGUUCAAGGUUGUAUGUAACCUGGGGCAUCUUGUGGAGUUUUCCUGAGACUCGGACUCACAUACUUGUUAGCUCUUUGGUCAUAAGCUGGUCUAUCACAGAGAUUAUUCGUUAUUCUUUCUUUGGCACAAAGGAGGCUCUUGGCUCUGCACCGUCCGGGCUCAUGUGGCUCAGGUAUAGCACCUUUUUACUGCUGUAUCCUACCGGCAUCACCAGUGAAGUUGGUCUAAUUUAUAUUGCCAUGCCUUACGUCAAGGAAUCAGAGAAAUAUUGUGUACGGAUGCCUAACAAAUGGAAUUUCUCAUUUGAUUACUUCUAUGCUGCAAUUCUUGUCCUCGGAAUCUAUGUCCCAGGUAGCCCUCACAUGUACACAUACAUGCUUGGACAAAGGAAGAAAGCUCUCUCAAAAUCAAAGAGGGAGUAGAAUGGGCAUUUUAAGAAGUUUUAAACCCAUUGUUUAUCAGAUUUUUGAUUUUGUUAGCUAAGUAUCAGUCCGACAUCUCUGGUUCUUUUUAUUUAAGUUUUUAUUCGGUUAAAAUUUAUUAUUUUGUGCUUUGAGUAUUAUAUACAAAAACCUUUUUGGGUGUGCCCAAAAAAUUCAAGGUGAAGUUGAUCAAAAUAGGGGGGGCAAAUGACGACUAAAUGCACAAGGCGUUCGUUUGACAAGCCUUUAAGGUUGGGUCAAAAUAGAAUUCUAAUAUAUGUUUGAAAUACUAUAUUGUUUUAUAGACCUUCAAUUCAACUUCUCUGCUGCCUAAGGCUUUCACCACCUCAUCUACCCAUUGAGGUUACCAGAAAUGGAUGUUAGGGUUAAAUUAUACCAUUUUCAUAGAAGAAAAUGACAUUGAUUGAACUGUUUCUUCUUGGUAAUAUAUAUUCAGUGGGUGAAACUCAAA